AUGCAUUUAGAAACAGAGCCUGAACACACCUUGAAAUCCCGCCUCUUCCUGGAGCGAAUCAAACAUUACCAGCCCCUCCUUCUUCUUCCUGCUAUCAAACAAGCUGCUUCAGAAGGAGGUGGAGGCCAUCAAUCUCUGCUGAUCAACAAUCUUCAGGAGAAGCUGCAGGAGGAGAUCGCUGAGCUCAGCAGGAAGGACACCGAGCUGGACCGACUUUCACACACAGAGGACCACACCCAGUUUCUACAGAGUUACAGCAGGUUAUCACGUCUGAGUGAAGCUACAGACUCCUCCAGCAUCACGGCUCGUUCCCUGAAGUACACUGAGGACGUGACUGCAGCUGUGUCAGAGGUCAGAGAUAAACUACAGGAUAUUGUUAGUGAGGAACGGGCCACGAUGUCAAUAACAGAGACUCCACAGACAGAGCCCAAGAACAGGACUGAAUUCCUCAAAAAUGCGUGUGAUAUCAGACUGGAUCAGAACACAAGGAACAAACAUAUCAGCUCUCAGUCUUACAUUGCAGGAUUCAGCUUGAAUACCGAUGAAUGGUGUGGUCACCCAGACAGUUUCACUGACUGGGCUCAGGUUUUGUGUAGAGAGAGUCUGACUGGAUGUUGUUACUGGGAGGUGGAGGUAAAAGUGAGUGUUUUGGUUGCUGUUGCAUACAAGAGUAUUAGCAGAAAAGGAGAUGAAAGUUUUUUUGGAGACAAUGAAAAGUCUUGGGCUUUGGAGUGUUCCAAUGACGGUUAUGAAUUCAGACAUAACACAAUCAGAACAUCACUCUCAGGUCCUAAGCCCUCCAGAAUAGGAGUGUACCUGGAUCACAGUGCAGGCGUUCUCUCCUUCUACAGCGUCUCUGGAACCAUGACUCUCCUCCACAGAGUCCACACCACAUUCACUGAGCCGCUCUGUCCUGGGUUUGGUCUGCAUACUAAUGGAGCCUCUGUUAAAAUCUGUAAAGAUUUAAACACAGAAGACUCAAACCCAUAG